CGCUUCUCCUUCAAGAUCUGUUCCUUCCUUCCUUCCCUCUUUUCCUCUAACCAGAUUUUGUUGUACCCAUACAUACAUAAGUUAGAUCAUUCCACUUCCUUACCAUAUUCAUCCUUCUUUGUCUCUAUCAUACAAAAAGAACUCUCUUUCUCUACUGUUUGGUCGAUCUAAGCCAUUCUUUUUUUUUAAAGAUUUUUUUGUCUUCAAGUUUUCACUGUUGCUACUCCCAAGUAUUCUGCGUUUGAACAAAACUGAAACGUCUUCAAGGUUUGGCUUUUUUUUCUCCGAGUUUUUUUCGUCCUUACAAAAAAAAACCUCGGCUUCAAGAAAGAUCCAAACUUGAUUCUAAUCUAUAAUCUGAAAAAGGAAAAACUAAAAAAAUGGGUAAGAGUUGGUUUGCUGUUGUGAAGAAGGCCUUCACUCCCAGACCAAAACAAACAAAAGAUGAACAGAAGCCACAUAAGGCCAAGAAGUGGUUUGGUAAAUCCAAGAAGUUGGAUGUCACCACUCCUGGUGUAGCUGGUUCAUUGCCUAGCAACACUCUUUGUGUUGCUAGAGAAGCGAAACUAAAGGAGAUCGAGGAGGAACAGAGCAGACAUGCUUACUCUGUGGCUGUUGCAACUGCUGCUGCCGCAGAUGCAGCUGUUGCAGCUGCUCAAGCUGCAGCUGAAGUUGUUCGUCUCACUGCGGUAUCACGUUUCCCUGGGAAAUCAAAGGAAGAUAUUGCUGCUAUCAAGAUUCAGACAGCAUUUAGAGGUUAUAUGGCAAGGAGAGCGUUGCGUGCGUUGAGAGGACUUGUGAGGCUAAAGUCUCUAGUGCAAGGGAAAGGUGUAAGACGUCAAGCCACAUCAACAUUGCAGAGCAUGCAAACACUAGCUAGAUUACAAUAUCAGAUUCGUGAGAGAAGGCUACGGUUGUCAGAGGAUAAGCAAGCUUGUGCAAGAAAGCUCCAACAGAAACACAAUAAAGAGUUUGCUAAGAUUGGAGGAAACUGGGAUGAUAGCACACUGUCUAGGGAGAGAGUUGAAGCAAACAUGUUGAACAAGCAAGUAGCAACAAUGAGAAGAGAAAAAGCACUUGCAUAUGCAUACACUCAUCAGAAUACGUGGAAAAGCUCAUCUAUUUCACAAACAUUCAUGGAUCCGAACAACCCGCAUUGGGGCUGGAGCUGGCUAGAACGUUGGAUGGCUGCACGACCAAAUGAGAACCAGUCAGUCACACUCACACCAGACACCGCUGACAAAACCUCUUCUGCUGCCAAUAGUGUAGCAAGCCGUGCCAGGUCUGAGAUAAUCCCACGCGGCAGAAAGCCUUCACCGAGACGAAUCACACCACCGAGUAGUCGAAGAAUGUCAAGCCCUGGAGUGAGGCAAGCCCCAAGUGGGGAUGAAGACUCGAAGAGCAGGUUGAGUAUCCAAUCAGAACAGCCUGGCAACCGUAGGCAUAGCAUUGGCGGGUCAUUGCCAUCCACUAGAGAUGAUGAGAGCAGUAUCGCUAGUAGUAGUGUCUCUCAGUCAGUUCCGGGCUACAUGGCGCUUACACAAGCAGCUAAAGCGAGAGCACGGCUCUCAAACCUUAGUCCUUUGGGCUUAGAGAAGACGGCGAAAAAGCGGCUUUCGUUCUCUGACUCUCCUAAUAAGACUGUAAGACGGUUUUCAGGUCCUCCUAAGCUGGAAAGCAGUGGUAACAAUAAAAGUAAAGAUACUGUUCUUGCUUAAGCAGGAGACGGGAUAUAGUUUAGACAAAAGUAUGCAACAGAGGUGAGAUCAGAGAAUAUUCUGUUGUGUCUUUUGUCUAUAACAAUUGUCUUUAUUUUGUUUUGGAUUUUUUUUUACUGCUUUAAACUUAACUAUUUGUUUUGAUUUUUUUGAUUGGUUGUUCAUGUAACUUUCAUACUGAUUAAAAGACAAAAAUAUAAUCAAGAUUAGUGA